AUGAGACCAGUGCUUUCGUUAUUACUCUUGCUGGCUUCUUCGGUACUCGCUGACGAGGUCAUUGAAUGCGAUGCUGACAACAAGUGCCCUGAAGAUAAACCAUGUUGUAGUCAAUAUGGAGUAUGUGGGACUGGUGUGAAUUGUCUAGGAGGAUGUGACCCUAGACAUUCUUUCAACGCGUCCGCAUGUUUACCCAUGCCAGUUUGUCGUGACGUGGAUUUGAAGGCUAGCACUGAUGCUUUCGAAAUUGAUACCAACUACCUUGGUGAUGCUAAUGAAACCGACUGGGUUUACAACGGUUAUCUAAUAGAUUAUGACGACUCAGUAUUGUUGGCCAUGCCCAAGGAGUCUUAUGGUACCGUUGUGUCUUCCACCUUCUAUGUGUGGUACGGAAAAAUCACAGCUACUCUUAAGACUUCCAGAGGUGCCGGUGUUGUCACGUCUUUCAUUUUAUUCUCCAAUGUGCAUGAUGAAAUCGAUUGGGAAUUUGUUGGUUAUAAUCUAAGUCAAGUCGAAACGAACUACUACUACCAGGGUGUCUUGAACUAUACCAACGGUCGUAAUGUUUCCCUAGAGGAGGACGUCAAUUCCUUUGAAUACUUCCACGAUUAUGAAAUUGACUGGAAGGAAGACGUCAUAACCUGGUCUAUUGACGGCGACGUUGUCAGGACACUGAAAAAGGAAGACACUUAUAACGAAACUACAGACAAAUACAUGUUUCCUCAAACUCCAUCGAGGGUUCAGUUAUCCAUCUGGCCGGCUGGUGCUGAAUCCAAUGCGAUAGGUACAGUUUCUUGGGCUGGUGGAAACGUUGACUGGGAUUCCGAAGACAUCCAAGACCCAGGAUACUUUUACUACACGUUGAAAGAGCUGACUGUUGAGUGUUAUGACGUCCCAGAUGGUACCGAGGAAGAUGGUGAAUUGGCAUAUUACUUCAAAGAGUCCGAUGCUUUUGACCAAGGGGAUAUCAUAAUUACUAAUAACAGCACCAAAAUAAAGUCUUUAGACGACACUGGCUUUGACCCCGAUGAAGACGAUGACGAUGACGAAUCCAGCAGUAGCAGCAGCAGCAGCAGCAGAUCGUCUUCAAGUUCUUCAAGGACCGGCAGUUCAUCUACAUCCAGUGCUACUUCCACUUCCACUUCUAACUCAAAUGAUGAUGAUGAUAACAAUAAUUCGUCUCCUACUACUUCGUCUGGCACUUCCUCCGCAGCUUCCGGAUUCGUUCAAAAUAUGAGCCAAACUUCAGGCUCUUCAUCAGCAACGUCAAAUAAUGCCGCUGCCUCUCUUUCAGCUGGUUUCCUUACUACUAUUUCCUUUUUUGCAUCUGUAUUAGGAUUCCUUUAG